AUGGUGCAGCGCAGUAUAGCGGAACCUAAUGGUAUUAAACCUCCAAUGGGCUGGAGCUCUGACUGGGCCAUUGAGUGCAAUGCUCCAAGAGACGAGACAAUUUACGGACAGGCAGAUCGUAUAGAUAAGAAUGGACUCAAAACAGCGGGAUAUACCACCAUCAUAUUUGAUUGUGGAUGGGAAAGGGGCUACAAUUCGGAUGGGUCGCCCCAGACUGAGAAGGCUUCUUUCCCAAAUGGCAUCGGGAAUUUUGUAGGCUGGAUUAAACCAAAAGGCUUUAAUUUUGGAGUGGGUACAUGGGGAGGACCUUUUGGAGGUGGGCCAGAAGCCGGACUCGAUAUCCCUUGGGACUUGGAAGCCUACGUAAAAAGUCUGGCUGACCAAGGUGUGGUUUAUCUAAUGCAUAGGCCCUGUGACAUGCCCUCCACUGAAUUUUUGCAAAAUCCGGAUACAGCAACAAAGUUGGAUGAGCGUUACAUUAACAUGCAAAAUGCAUUACUCAAUACCCGUGUAUCGAUGUUCUAUGCUACUGGGCAGUGGGGUGCUUCGGCAUUGGCCCAGCAAAAACUGGCCAAUAGUUGGAGGGUAUCAGAUGAGCAAUUGCCUAUUUGGGACUCCUUUGUCAGGAGUUUGAAUGGAGUUGUUGCUUUUGCUCACUACGCAAGGCCUGGAGCAUUCAACGAUCUUGGUUUUCUCAGACUGGCUCGAACAGAUGAUGGGGAACUAAAUUUUGUUGAGAAGAGGACCAUGUUCACUUUUUGGGCUGCUACAAAAUCACCUCUGAUCUUUUCUGAUAAGGUCCAAGAUGUUGACAAGGAUACAGUUGAGAUGAUAAAAAACCCAAAUGCAAUCAAAGUAAAUCAAGACGAACUAGGGAAAAGUGUCACCUUGAGGCGCCGAUACCCCAACGAGAAGGAUAUAUGGAGUGGGCCCUUGAAGGAUGGGGGAACAGUUGUGUUCGUUGUCAACUGGGCACAAGGUGAUCAAAGAACAACUAUCAAACUGGAUGAUCUGGGUUUUUCAGCCGCACGCGUAGAAGACUUAUGGGUCGGGCAAGAUCUAGGCAUCAAGGAAAAAUCCUUUGAAAUUGACAUUGCACAUCGCGGAAGCCUAUUGCUAAAGCUUACAGAAACCAAGGAAGCUCCUCGAAAAGAAUUUACACGCUUCACAAUCGACCAAGCCGAAGUAGUCGCGCCAGCGGAGAUCAAAAUGGUGGGCGACCAGAAGGUUGCAAGGUACAUCGGGCCUGAGGGAAAGGGCUCGGUGGUCUGGAAGGAUAUCCCCGGGGGAGGAACGGAUGAAGUCACCAUCGCCCUGGAUUACAUCCAUGCUGCGCUGCCAGAAAAUAAUGAAGAUACAGGAAAUUUGAGCUUUAAAAGAGUCCUUAUUACUGUGAAUGACGACGCAAAUCUACAAUUUCAAGUACAUUUGCCUAGGACUGGUAUGGUCAGUACAGGGCACUUUUUGACAACAGGACUUUCAUGA